UCUGGACCUGACUAAACGGAACUCCCAGGAACUGAGGUUACAGCCCUACAGAGAGAUCUUUGAAUUCUUCAUAGACAACUUCAAGACCUACAAGCCCUUGCUGUCAGCUAUAAAGAAUGAAUAUGAAGCUACACUGGGUGGAGCAUCUGCAGACAAGCGUAGCUGAGGAAUAUACUCGGUACCUCAAUGAGUAUGGUGCCCGCAAACUGCUUCUAGCAAAACUGAAUGAUAUGCAUAACGAACAGCUGAACGUGAAGCAGCACCAAACCCAAGAUGUCAAGGGUGAAGAUGUGGUGAAGUUAACUUUGGCAUUAAAGAUAGCUCGGCAGGACCUCACAAAAGCCCAGGUGAAGCUGAAUGCAAUGAUAGCAGACUAUGGAGAUGUUGUCCCCCGGAGAGAGUUUGAAUCACUGGAGAAAAAAUACUCUGAUUUACAACAGGAGAUGGAGACUCUAAAGAAGGAUUUUGGUCAGCUCCACAAGGAAUAUCAAACACUGCUGGAAAUUCAGAGAGAGACCGCAGAAGAGCGAGACAACUUCUUCACUGAACUCCAGCAAGCUCAGCGCAGUUGCACACCCCGGCCAAGCUGGGCAAAGUGUUCAGAAGUGAUUCCUGGUGGAGCUGACCGGUGGGGCUGUCUGGCUGAGGGGAAGACCAGCGAUCAGCUAGUGGAUGUGCUUCUGGAAGAAAUAGGAACAAGACUGCUAAAAGAGAUUAAUGUCUUCCCUGGAUGGGGCAAAGGCGACAAGGUUCCUGUAUACCUCAGACAUGAAGGUGAAGUCAAGAACAAAAAGCUGACUAAGAAGGAUGUGGUGAACAUCCUGAAAGACAUCUGGAAAGAGAAAAUUGCACUAGAACAACAGACAGGGAAGAGACCUGUUCUUCCCGAGUUCUUUCUCAGCUACCUCCAGAAGAAGUAUGGAGACACCUCUGCCAUGGAAUGGUCUUACACCCUGUAUGAGAACAUGCGACUCUGUCCAUCAAACCACGUCAUGAGCUCAUUCUACGACAUACUCACGGGGAAGGUAGGUGAAGAACAAUACCAUAUCCAGAAUCAGCUGAUUUCAAACCUGCAAAAGGAGCUGGCUGCCUGCGACAGCUCAAACAGUGGAUCCCUGACCAGCGAGCAGUUCAGGAUGGCUAUGAGGGAAGCUUUUCCCCUGAAAAGACAAGAUUCAAUCCAAGAACUCAUUGAUGCAAGCAGGUACAAGCUAGACUGCACUGAAGAACUCAUUGACUACAAAUCCUUAUUCAAAGAAGAUGAAGAGGGGAACCCUGAACCUUUUGUUGCAAAGAUCAGGAGUCAGUACGUCCGUGAGAAGCUCCGUGAGAAGCAGGAGUAUCUGAGAGAGCUGAGGAACAACCUAGGAGAUUUAAUAGAGGUGAAUGCAGAAGAUCUGAAGGCAGCCUUCUGCACGAUUGAUCCCGAUAUUGACGAUCAGACGCUAAAUACCUACGUUGGCCUGGCUUAUCAAGUUGGAAGAGAACAGACUGACCAAGAAGUUGUGCCCGUGGACACUGCACUGGAGAGACUACUCGCUGGAGAUGUGAGACGAGUAGGGCCUGCAGCCAGGGAAGAAAGCAAGACAGACUGGGUAGAAGAGUAAGGAGACUUCCAGUAUAAAUAAAUAGCCUGUUUGACCUUCAGUUUUUGAUACAAAGCUGAGUGUCAAAGUUACUGCAUUAAAUACCUCUUCCUGUGUAUGUAGAGAGACACCUAAUAACAGACAGCUGAGAUUAGAGAUAAGAUAGUUUGAACUAUCAGAUGCACUUUCAGCUUAAGCAGCAAAGCCCUCCAGUACAGUUUCUCAGCCUAUGCAGUCAUUUCAGCCCAGCAAGACUCACGGGUAGAAGCAGCCUGAUCCCCACACAGAACUGACAUCCUCAGGGCGCUGGGGCACCGCUGGGUGUUGGGCUCUUUUGUUGAUGAUGCAGUGACUGCGCUCCAACAGUCAUUACUUGAACCUGUGACCUUCUAUCAAACUCAAGGCUACAACGUGGCUGCUUCAGGGUUUUUGCAAGAUAGGCCUUAUGGUUGGUUCUUUGGCUCAGAGAAGGGUUUCAAAGAUACAUUUGCAGAGUAAGGUGCCAUCAACACAAUCCCUGGGCAAGUGAGAGGCAAGUUCAACCCAACCAGGUUUGCUGUGAUAUCUUUCCCCAAGCAGAUUUUUAUCCUGAUGUAGCUGCUGUUCUCCUGGAUGAAGUCACUUUGAAAGAAGUUCAAGUGAUGCCUCAAGAGUAGGUUUAAUCAACUCUGAGCUGAAAAAAUAAUCCCAGUACGGAAACAUUGAAAUCUGCUGCUUCCUUCAAGGAAGAUACCACAUGAAUUUUGGUAACUGUCUUUCCAACCACUGACAUCAAUUAAUCUUUCCUGUUCAUUAGUGCCCUCCCUCUCCAGUGAGGGGAAUAAUACAGGUUCUUGAAACUAAAACCCCGUUGGAAAGAGCUCUGCUACCUAAAUUGCUGAAUAAGUGGAGCAAACAAACUCAAGCCCAUUAUUCUCAUAAUUUGAAAAGUAAGAAAGGGUAAAGCUGAAUUCAGAAAAUGCCUUCCUAACAAAGUGCUAGUUUCAUGAGCAUUUGCAAAGGGAUUCCUGCAAAUACCGAUGGCAUUUGUAAACUGGAAAGGUAUCACAGCCUGCAUGACAAAGUAAGUACCACUGGGUCUAUCACGUCCCUGGGAUUUCUGCCUUGAAUACUGAAUUUGGUGCUAUGUACUUCCAACCCAAACUGCAAAAUACCCAAAACAGAACUAUAGAAGUACUGAAAAGGGAAAUGCGUCAUCUAGCUGGAAAUCAAAUGCCCUAACUGCACGUCUCUAGGAGUAUACUUAAAAGAGUUGCUGUAACAUGAAAAAAUUCAGUGCAUCUAAAAAGAGCAGGGAAUUUAAACACAGAAGAUAAGUUUGGUAGAUGAACAUCAAAUUUGCAAAGUUCCUCAAGAAAGCAGCUAAUAGGGAGGCAGAGAAAGCACUGGGCUACAGAGAGCAAGAAUCGCUUGUUUUGCUUUACCCAAGGACUUUAGAUUCCAAAAAGUUAAAUAGGUGGUCCUGUAACCAGCAGUUCUUUCUUUUGUCCUUCCAGUUACGUUGUUAGCACAUGAAAGAUGGCAAUCCAUCCCUAGAAGUCUUGAGUUUAGUUAACUAGAACAACAGAACGCUUCUCAGCAGAAGAGAGAGAACAGAUAGGGAAUCUUACCUCUUCUUUUUACCACAGGAACCAGCAGCUUCCUGGGAGGUUCUCUCUAUUCUCUCCUUAAUUGCUCUUAGGACAACAGGGUUCUUGCAUGUUUCAGCAACAGAGAAAAAAGAAGCUGGAAACUUCAUUAAUAUUUCAGAUCAAAAUGUUCAAACUCUGGCAUGCAAACCCCCAGCACACACUAGAAAAGUCACAUAAUGGCAGAAAAUGAAUUUUAAAAGGUACUAAUUUUGUAAUAUGUCAGUUAAGACAAAGCUGUUUCCUUGUGACUAGUGAAAAAAAUCCCCACCUUCGCUAUGUUAAUGGAAUUACUUUAUACAAAUAAAACAACUUGAAAAUGA